CUGUGUGUGAUGCAGUUUCUCUCUCUUUCUCUAUAGACCACCAUCAAGUGCCGCAGGGGACUAAAAUGGCUCCAUCUACGCCGGUGUUCCCCUUGGGCAGCUUGCAGGGGUCUAAUUUCUCCUUCCAUCUCCCCUCACCAGCCGUAAGUCCAGUCGCGUCCCCGAGAGUCUACGAAACUCACAUGCUUGGUUGGAACACGCCGCAAGAUUACAUGGAAUUUGUUCACCCUUACUGGAAGACCUUUGAAGCUCCCAACCCCUUCCUCCACUACAUGCUGGCUGUCUUUUAUGUGGUUUUCAUGUUCGCUGCUCUGGUGGGGAACGGCGUGGUCAUCUGGGUGUUUACAAGUGCCAAAAGCCUUCGAACUCCUUCCAAUAUGUUCGUCAUCAACUUGGCUCUUCUGGACUUCAUAAUGAUGAUGAAGACUCCAGUUUUCAUCAUCAAUUCGUUCAAUGAAGGGCCAGUCUGGGGGAAACUGGGCUGCGACGUUUUUGCACUGCUAGGAAGCUACUCUGGUAUUGGAGGAGCCAUGACCAACGCUGCGAUUGCUUUUGAUCGUUACAGAACCAUUACCAAUCCUUUUGCAGCCAAGAUGACACGUAGCAAGGCGUUCCUAAUGGUGGUCGGUAUUUGGAUGUACGCAACCCCUUGGUGUUUGCUCCCUCUGUUUGGUGUUUGGGGAUAUGUUCCUGAGGGCUUCCUGACGACCUGCAGCUUCGAUUAUUUAACGGAAACCUUCGAAAACAGAGCAUUUGUGGUGGCAAUCUUCUUCUUCGCCUACAUCGUUCCUGGAGUUAUGAUUGUAUACUUCUACACUCAGAUAUACGGACAUGUGCGCGCCCACGAGAGAGCCAUGAGGGAACAGGCUAAGAAGAUGAAUGUGGACAACAUCAGAAACACAGACAAGGAAGAUCAAGAGAAGUCAGCUGAGAUUCGCAUAGCCAAAGUGUGCAUGGGGUUGUUCUUCAUGUUCCUGGUAUCUUGGACACCUUACGCUCUGGUGGCGCUUAUUGGAGCCUUCGGGAACAGGGCGGUUUUAACACCUUUGACAUCGAUGCUGCCUGCUCUAAACUGCAAGAUGGUGGCUUGUAGACCCUGGGUGUAUGCCAUCAACCAUCCCCGCUACAGGCUGGAGCUACAGAAAAGACUGCCUUGGUUUUGUAUCCACGAGGAAAAAGAGACUGAAAAUACAUCCAGAGUCUCAACUGAUAAACUAUAACUCCUACUGCUACUACUACUGCUGCUACUGCUACUACUACUACUACUACUACUGCUGCUGCUGCCAUUCGACGCUCCCCAUGGACUCUCUCUAAAUUGUAAACGCUCCUAAUCGCUUCCCUAACUCCUGCCAAUCUCACGGUUGUUAAAUUCGUGGUGGGAAAAUUAUGUUCGUGUUAUUCAUAUUAGUGUUUGUCACGUUCCUAACCUCUGAUACCGUUCCUAACUUGUUCCUAACUGCUUGUAAGGGUUGGUAGUGCUUCGGUCUCCUUCCUUAUCCUUCAUACCAUUCCUAAAGUGUUCCUAACUUGACUACGAUUGUUGUUGCCACUUCUAAAUGUUCAUAACUCAUUCCCAAAACGUUCCUAACCAAUUCCUAAUUUAUUUUUUACUAUUCCUAAAUCUUUCUACCACUUCUAAAUGUUCAUAACACAUUUCUAAUCAUUCCUAACGCAUUCCUAACUCAUGUGGAACCGUUACUAACUUGUUCCUAACUGUUUCUAAGUAUUUUUGUCUAAUCUCAAGCAUUUCUGUCUCGUUCCUAAUCAUUUAAACCAUUCCUAACUUAUUUUUGACAUUCUGAAUCUUUUUACGACUCCAAAACGUUCCUAACUUACUUCUAACCGUUCCUAACCAAACCUAACACUUUCCUAACUCAUCUGGGACCUUCGUAAGUGACUCGUAACAUUCCUAACACAUUCCUGGACAUUCCUAACUCAUUUCCUGAAAAACAUGUAAUACUUUUUGUUUUUUCCUCAUGUUUGUUUGUUUGUUUGUAAUGUAAAAUAUCAAAAAAACCUAUUAGUUCUCUCUCUCUCUCUCUCUCUCUCUCUCUCUCUCUCUCUCUCUCUCUCUCUCUCUCUCUAUUUUAAUAUAUAUUUUUUUUGUUCUUUAUUGAUAAACAGGAUGUUAUGUCAAAAUUAAACAUUCUCUCUCUCUCUCUCUCUCUCUCUCUCUCUCUCUCUCUCUCGUAGCUUUAAAAUUCCAAGCAUUACGAAAAUAAAUAAAAAAAAUAUA